AUGGUGCCUGCUGAACUAUUGACUGCAGAAACCAAGACAAGGGCCGCCCACAACCCCAAACGGCCUUCCAUAACCUUCGCUGAAACUGUGCAUGUCUAUUCCACUACUGCCUUGCAUGACUACACCGAUGAGGAAUACCGCGCGUGCUGGUAUUCAUCAGAAGAAUAUAAUAAGAUUGAAAAGGAAAUGCUAGGCCAGUUCAAGCAACUGCAGGAUGGAUGUCCAUUUGAUGCGAUCUCUUGCUCCAGAGGAUUGGAGCAAUACUUGACUGUUAAUGCAAGCUUAAAGCAGAGUAACAAAAGCAAAGCGCAACAAAUCGUCCUCGAUGAGCAAGAUCGGCAAUUGGAGGUCGAGAAGAAUGACGAGAAUGCCAUUUCUAAAGCAUAUCAGGAUGUCUCUUCUAGUUGUCACUUGUUGUGGGCAGCAGUUCUCGGCCACCGAGAUCAACAAGACGCAGCACAGGCAUACAACGAUGGUGAUGAAGACGAAAUCCUUGUUGCUGAGUCAUCAAACAGUACUCUGGAUAAAAGUCUAGAUGGCCCUGAACCCCUGAUCCCGCUGCUGAAAGUAGUAGUGGGUGUGGAGUCGCCGCAUGGGUCGAGAGUUGCACUCGUCUCGUCUCAAAUGCUCCCUUUGAACAUGAAAUACCCCUUCAUUGGCCGACGCAAGUAA